AUGUCUUCAAAAUAUCUAAUCCCCAAGAACAAAAGCAACGUGCUGCUAUCAUCAAAAGAUACUAUCAUUAAAAAAUUUUUGAACAGAACAAGUGGGUUGGAAACAAUAUCAAUACCACACUCAAUACAAAAGAUAAAAUCAAAUUCAAUCAAAAGAUUUAACUUGACUUAUAACCAACCUUCAAACACAUGGUACAAAUCAUUAUUAAUAUCAUCACCGCCACCAUCGUUGCCAUGCUCACCGUCAACGUCAACGUCAACUUCAGCAACAACCGCAACUUCAACCUCCAACUCUCCAAAAUGGCUCUCUUUCAUUCCAAAAAAUAAUCAUACUUUCAAUAUUAACCAACUGAAUAAAAAGUUCAAUAGAGGUGAUAUCGUGCUGCUUUCACAAGACUUGUCAAACUUAUACAUGUGUAUAGAACUACCACAAUCUACUGCAGACCCUCGUUAUUCUUUUGCUAAUUCAAAUGGUGAUAUUAUAUUCGCAAAUAGAUCAUCCGUGUUGCUACGUAUUCCUUUGCAAUUACCCACUAACUUGCUAUUAUCGGAUGACUUCUUGCAACCUGAGCCAACUCAAGGUGUGGGCACUGUCAAAAAUUCAAUCGAUAAUCCUUAUGUUUUACCUGUUCUCUUACGUCAAUUGGUAAUAUCGCCUUCUCUAUCAACUAUAUCUUCAAACGCAAACAAUCUAUUGCCAAUUGUGUUGAAAAAAUUACAACUAUUGCAUAGGAAUCUACAAGCUUUCAAGAUUAUUCCUUUGGUGCAAUUAUCUUCGUUAGUGCAAAAUUUGGAUCUUACAAAGGCAACAUCGAAUGAUGGUGAAAGUUAUAUUUCGAAUUUUAUUGCCAAUUCGAAUGAAAAUUAUUCAAUCGAAAGCAUCAAUUCUUCAAAUCUAAUCGCUACCUUCUGGGCUAUUCGUCAACAACAACAGGAUCAUCUAUGGGGAGAUAUCCAUUAUAGUAAAGCCUUAUUGUUCCCAUUGGCGGUGUCAAUUUUACCGUUGCAAUCGAAUUACAUGUAUUAUAAAGAAAUUUUGCCAGCAAUUGAAUUGGAUCAUUCAAUCGAACGAUUUACUAAAAAUGGUAUACCAAAUACACCAAAUGAAUUCCCACAAUUACUUAAUCUAUUAAAACAAUAUGCGUCGGGUGCCGUUUUAAUGGAUGAUAAAAUUGUCACUAUGAUCUCUAAGAUAUUUAGAAAUUUAGACGAUUACAAAAAGUAUGAUGUGUCCAGAGAUUUAUGUCAGAAAUUAUACAAUGAAUUAGUACCAAAAGAACAAAAAAUACAAAAUUCACUGCUUUAUAAUACUGAUUUGGCCCUGCCAUUGGCUUCAAAUAGAACAGAAGAACAAGAAAAGGUUUACCAAAUGUAUAAUCCAAUUCAAACUUCUAACAAUUCAAAUCGUCAUGAUUUCGGUGAUUUGAGGGUAUUUUGCAUAGAUGAAAAGACCGCCCAUGAAAUAGACGAUGGUGUCUCAAUCGAAUACAAGCAGAAUAAUGUUUACACAUUACAUGUUCAUAUUGCAGACCCUUCUUCUUAUUUCAAAAUUUGUAAUGAUCAUAAUGUGAAUAUUGAAAAUGAUGAAAUUUUGAAAAUUGCUUUGCAAAGAUCGUUCACUACUUAUUUACCUGAUCAAGUAUUGCCAAUGUUACCAAAGCUUUUGUGCAGGGCUGCAGAUUUAGGUAAAACUGGUGAGAAGACAAAAACUAUAACUUUUUCUGUAGAUGUGAAAUUGAAUAAGAAAGAUAUGACAGUCAAAGUACUGGAUAAUACGUUUCAAGUAAGACUAGGCUAUGUUUCGAAUUUCGUUAAAGACAUGACGUAUAGUGAUGUUGAUUCAAUUUUGAAUGAUAGCAAAGAAUCUGGAAGAGAUAAAAAAGUUGAAAAAGAUUUAAAAAGUAUGUUUUUAAUUGCAAAGGGUUUAAAUAACUCAAGAAUUAUGAAUAAUGCAGUAAUAUUUAGUGAUGAAAUUAAUAAUGGUAAAAUAGAACUGACCAAAGAUGAAAUUACUGGAGAAGUUACUCAAAUCAAUUUUAAAGGUGGUAAAUUUACAGAUUCUAAUAUACUUGUUUCAGAAUUAAUGAUUUUAGCAAACUCUUUGGCAGGUAAAUUUUUUGCAGAAAAUGGUAUUCCUGCCAUAUAUAGAUCAUACUCAGAUUUGUUGUUAGGCAAAGAUGCCCAAUCUGAAUAUAAUGCAAUGCUUUCAAAUCUAAAAUUAGGAAAACGACCAACACUGAAAGACAUUAAUAAAAUAUCAUCAUUGUUUAAUACAAGUAAAUUCACAACAUAUCCAUCACCCCAUUCCAUGAUUGCAACAAAAUACUAUGCAACAGUAACUUCACCAUUGCGUAGAUUCCCAGACAUGAUUAAUCAUUUGCAAAUUCAUAGAAUUUUAUCAAAGCAGCCACUGUGCUUCACGCAAAGGGAUCUAGAAAAUAUGAAUUGGAAUAUUCAAACAAAAGAUGUCAUUUUAAGAAGUUCAAGUAGAAUGAUAAACACUUAUUGGACAUUACGUCACAUAAAAGAUCAAUUAUCAGAAGAUCCAGAUAAAAAAUUCGACGUAAUGAUCACAUCUGUACAACAAAACGGUGUCGCACACUGCAUAUUGGCACAGUUCUCAUUUGCAAAGGGUAAAUUAGUCUUUGAUCCAAAUGAUGAAUCACAUCCAUUAAUUGGUGACACCGUUUCAAAUUGUAAAAUUACUAAAAUAGACUGUUUGGGUAACGUUUUAGAAUUUUCUAAAGCAUAA